AUGAAGGAAACAUGGGUAUCCCUAUCAUCCUUUAUCGCACGGUGUAUCGAACUCCGCAUCGAAAGCCACGUCCCAGAUAGCGGUAGGUAUCCUCUUAUCGAGAUCAUCAAAGGUCUGGGGGAGAAUCUUUCCCCAGGGCUUGAGCGGGACACACGGGCUAUGGUCGCUGCCCAGUAUAUCUUGUUGUCUCCUACCCUUGUCAAUGAUAAGCUGGCUAAGUUACCAGGAGGGCGUGGCGAACCAUCGGGCUCUGACAUUCUCAAGCUGUGGAUAGCUAAACUGAAAGAACUGGCAGAGAACGGGAGUCUAAACCCCGAGGUGAAGGCUGCUGUUGUCGAAGCUAGGCAGAAGCUCCUUUCUCUGCAUCCAGAGGUUUUCCAGGACUGA